CGGCUCCGGCCGCAGAGACCUCGCCCGCUGCCGCCGCCUCCGCUCGUACGGGGGAGAUGCCGGGGCCGCCGGGCGCGCCGCCGCUGCUGCUGCUCCUGCUGCUGCUCCCGCCGCUGCCGGGAGUCGGGGCCGCGCCACUUCCGCAAACAGGUGCAGGUGAGAGCCCCACUGCUGCAGAAGUGUCCUUACUUUUUGUGGUUCUAUCUGUAUGCAGUUUACUGACAUUGGUAGUGCUGAUUGUGAACUGUGUAUCCUGCUGUAAAGAUCGAGAAAUAGACUUUAAGGAGUUUGAAGAUAAUUUUGAUGAUGAAAUAGAUUUUACGCCACCAGCAGAAGAUACACCCUCUGUUCAGUCUCCUGCAGAAGUUUUUACACUUUCAGUUCCAAAUAUUUCUUUACCAGUUCCAUCCCAGUUUCAUCCUUCUUCAGAAGGAUUGAAGUCUCAAGUUGCACGCCAGAGUCUAAACUAUAUCCAAGAAAUUGGAAAUGGCUGGUUUGGAAAGGUUCUGCUUGGAGAGAUUUACACAGGCACUAGCGUAGCAAGAGUAGUAGUGAAGGAGUUAAAAGCCAGUGCAAGUGCAAAGGAGCAAGAUAAAUUUUUGAAAAAUGGAGAGCCAUACUAUAUUCUUCAGCAUCCAAAUAUUCUUCAGUGUGUUGGACGGUGUGUGGAAGCAAUCCCAUAUCUUCUGGUGUUUGAGUUGUGUGAUAUGGGUGACCUAAAAGCAUAUUUGUGCAGUGAGCAGGAGCAUGUUAAAGGAGAUUCACAAAUAAUGCUGCUACAAAGAAUGGCCUGUGAGAUUGCUGCUGGACUUGCCAUAAUGCACAAACAUCAUUUUGUACAUAGUGACUUAGCCCUGCGGAAUUGUUUUCUCACAUCUGAUUUAAAUGUAAAAAUAGGAGACUAUGAAAUAGGACUUGGCAAAUACAAGGCGGAUUAUAUUGAAACAGAUGAUAAUAAAAUUAUUCCCCUUCGGUGGACUGCGCCAGAAUUGGUAACCAGCUUCCAAGAGAGAUUACUGACUGCAGAUCAAACAAAGUUUAGUAAUAUCUGGUCACUGGGUGUAACACUUUGGGAACUCUUUGACCAUGGUGCUCAGCCUUAUGCACACCUUUCUGAUGUCGAAGUUCUCCAGCAGGUCAUAAAAGAGAGGGACACAAAGCUCCCUAAACCACAGCUGGAGCAGCCCUAUUCAGAAAGAUGGUAUGAAGUUUUGCAGUUCUGCUGGCUACCACCAGACAAGAGACCAACAGCAGAAGAAGUACAUAGACUACUAACUUAUCUUCGUAUGCAAAGCCAAAGGGACUCUGAAAUUGACUUUGAGCAACAAUGGAAUGCUCUUAAACCAAAUACCAAUAACAGAGAGAGUUCAAAUAAUGCUGCAUUCCCAAUACUUGACCAUUUUACUAGGGAUAGACUUGGUCGUGAAAUGGAAGAAGUCCUCACAGUAACUGAAACAAGUCAGGGGCUUAGUUUUGAGUAUGUCUGGGAGGCAGCAAAACACGAUCAUUUUGAUGAGCGCAGUCAGGUCAAUCCUGAUGAGGCCAUGUCAUAUACGAGCAUCUUUUUUCCAGUCGAUGUUUUUGAGAGUUCACUCUCAGAUCCUGGACCAGGAAAGCAAGAUGAAAGUGGCCAAGAAGCGUCACUCAGGGCACCAGGGGUAGUCCCUGUUUUUGAUGCCCACAACCUUUCUGUUGGGAGUGAUUAUUACAUCCAGUUAGAAGAAAAAAGUGGUGGCAGCUUGGAUCUUGAUAACCAAUCAACGAUUCUCACUACAGAAGUGGAUAAUCCUGACACUCUAACUGAUCAAAGUUCCCAGUUUAUGGCACUCAGGGGUCUUGAUGAUGGGGAAUCAAAUACAGAUGGAGAUUUUUUUCACUACACUGGAGACCCUAAAGAUGUUGUUAUGCCUGAAGAUUCACAUGUUGCCAGUGUCCCUGAAAGCCCUUUCAGUAAUAUAUUUAAUGAGCUUGACAGAUCAGAGGAUUUGCACGAUCAUCAGAAAAUAUUUGACUUAACCGAACUAAAUGGUGUUCAUGCCGAAUUUAAACCAGCUACUCUGAGCCCAAGCUUGGAUGUGCCUAAAGAGACACUAGUAACUGGCCAUCUUGAAAAAAAGACUGACCGUAAUGUUUUUGAUCAUGAUGCUGUUUGCUUAUCUGAAAAUCUUGUCCACCAGAAUGAUUUUGACCCACUGAAUAUUCAAGAACUGUCAGAAAACUUCUUGUUUCUUCAAGAGAAAAACUUAAUAAAAGACACAUUGUUUAUGAAAGAACAUACAAAUGAUCUCCAAACAGAAUUAGAAAAAGCAGGUUUUACAGGGAACAUGUUAGAAUCUUCACAUAGAAAUCCUUUAGACAUUGAGCUUAACUUCAUUGAAAAUAGUGCAAAACCUGAAAGUAAAGAGGAGUGCAUAAUGCCUGUAGGGGAAAAUGUGAAUGUCUCAUUGCAGUCUUCUCCAGAAUUGCAAAUAACAUCUAACUUGCCUAAAACAGAAGAACAGGCUUGUGGUAUACAUCCAGAUUCUGUUCUGUUUCAAGAGGAAACCAAACCCACAUGUUUAAAUGUCGUUACCUGUGAUGAUAGCCCCAAGCAAGAGAUAAAUCCAAGUACUAAGAUUGCCUCAGUUGAAGUGCUAUCCAGUGAUGCCAUAACAGAAAACAUUGAAAGUAGAUCCCAGGACAUUUUCCCCAAAAGUGAAAAGUCCACAAAUAUCACCAAAAGUGAACCACUUCAUUUUGAUGAAGAAACUGUUGGUAAUACGGAUAUGGAGAUAUGUCUUCCAGAAGAAAUGAACCAGGACUUGGAAAACAAGUCCCCUUUAGGAGACCAUAAUGCUAGAAGUUUGCUAGAGAAAGAAAAUGAAACUCUAGGGAUUUCAAAUCAGCUUACUUAUAAAGAAGCACCAAAAGAAGUAGGCUUGAUAUCUGCCCUUUCUUCCGAUUCUACAAGCCAAGACAGUCUCUUGGAAGACAGCAUCUCAACACCCAUACAGACAUCUGAGCAAUCUGUAGAAACACCAGACUCUUUGGAUUCAUUAGAUGUCCAUGGGGUUUUAGAUGCUUUAGGUACUCAAAGUCCUCAGAAACUUGUGCCACCUGAUAAACCUGCUGACAGUGGUUAUGAAACAGAGAAUCUGGAAUCUCCAGAAUGGACUUCCCAUCCUGCUGUUGAUGAUGCUUCAAAUACAGGUGCCGCAUUAAUUGAUGAUGGCGCUCUCACUGCCUUGCCUCCCAAUCCAGUUAUCAUAAUUUCAGAUGAAGCAGACAGUAACAAAGAUUUUAACUUGACCUCAAAGACAUUAGCAUGCAGUACUCAAAACUCCUAUAGAGACUCUGCCUAUUUUUCAGAUAAUGAUUCUGAGACUGAUAAGAAAAGUGAGGACGUCACAGGAACAUCAGCAGCACUGGCAUUGUUUACAAAAGAUCAGCCCCAAAGAGAUUUAUCCAACGCUGAACAGAGCUGUGAUGCCAGGCAUAAUUGUGAAGAGAGAGUUAACCAAAGCCCUCUAUCUGGUUUGCAAAACACUAAUGAAUCAGAGUUGCAAGACACAUUGGAGCCAGAGCAGACUGACAUUCCCAGACAGGUUGAUGUGGCUGAAUUGGAGGCUGAACAUUCUUUGACUCUUAUUGCGAGUUCAGAGUGUAGCUAUAGCGAAGAGUUUGACGUUCUAGAUGAUCACUGCUGCAAUCGCACUUCCACUGGCACCAAUACUGAUGAAUUACUUGCCUACACAAAUGCUACCUUUUGUUCCAGCAGCCCUUCAGCAAUGGCAGGGGCCUCCUUUUCAACGGACUUGAUGGGAGAUAAGUCCUUAUCCUGCUAUUCGGAGGGGCCUAAGCUGAAGGAGCCAGAUAUUGAAGGAAAAUACCUGGGGAAACUAGGUGUUUCAGGAAUGAUUGAUAUGUCAGAGGAUGGAAUAGAUGCAGAUGAAGAAGAUGAAAAUAGUGAUGAUUCUGAUGAUGACCUGAGAGCUUUUCAUCUUCACAGUCUCAGUUCAGAAUCAGAAGAUGAAACAGUACAUCCAGUGCCAGUGAUACUGAGUGAUAAUGAUGAUGGGAAGCAUCUACGGAGUUUACUGAAACCACCUAUGUCGGUUGGAAUUGACAAGCCACCUGAUAAUUGGAGAAAGGAUAAGAAGGCAGUAACAUUCUUUGAUGAUGUCACAGUCUAUCUGUUUGACCAGGAAACACCAACCAAAGAGCUGGGACACCGAGGAGCAGAAGCAAAUAAUCAGGACUCUAAUAGCGCAACACCAUCAUUAGGUCCCAAUUACUUGAACAGGUUUACAAACUCAGAAAGUUCAACCGAUGAAGAAGGUGGAGGUUUUGAAUGGGAUGAUGACUUCUCUCAAGAGUCUUUUAUGUCAAAAACAGCAGAUAACCUUGGUUCCAAGCACUCUCUUCAAACAUCAAAGUACUUUUCUCCUCCCCCACCAUCUAGAAGUAUUGAACAGAGUUGGUCACAUGCAUCGCCUUAUUCCAGGUUUUCUAUCUCUCCUGCCAACAUCGCAAGUUUUUCUCUUACACAUCUCACUGAUUCAGAUAUUGAACAAGGAGGAAGCAGUGAAGAUGGAGAAAAAGAUUAAGUGGGUAAAAUACUUUUUUUUAAUCAGAAACUGCUCAUACAAGACAGCGUGCCCACACUGAUGGCCUGCACAGUGUAAAUACUGAUGAACACAGUUGUGUUCAGAGAGUCACUGUAGGCUCCUUCUGGAGUAAGAAGAGGAGAAUCAAGAAACACAGAAAGGAAAUGUUAAAUCAGGACUUUUGAUGUGUAUUUGUAAUGUGUGUUUUUAAUCAGUGCAAUUUGCUUUUCAUUUGGAAGAGAUGAAUCUACAGCUGUUUUAAAAAAAAAAACUUGAAGUGUUAAUUCUUCAGGCAAUUGUUAUUUGUAAUAAACUUGUAAAGCAAUUACACAACCUUCUGGUUAUGUAUGGGAUUGUAUCAUAUUCUUUUUAUAUUUUUCCAUGUAGUUUAUUCUAUUUGAACCUACACCUGUCAUAGAAUUAUAUAUAAUUGUGUCUGUACAACAGGUGGCUGUGUCACUGAAACCGUAUGAAUGAUAGUUGGUCAGUCGUGAGCCAUAUUUAUUCUUGGCGGGGAAAGAUCACUAAAUACAUAUUACCUUGCUUUCUGUAAUUGCACUAUGGAUAUAUGUUCCUAGAGUCCCCAACAUUGUACAGAAUCAGAAUCGUAAAUUAUUCAAGGAAAAUAAAGCAGGUCAAGCUAGGGCUGUUUGCCAGUUUGAUUUCUCCUCUUUUUAUAUUUUGUUUGCUAUGCAUGGUACUUGUAAAAUUUAAAUGAGUGUUAUGCUGUUGUAGAAUUUGCUGGAAUCUUAAACCCAGUACCAUUUUUCAAAAUGAUAAAUGAUUCUGAAUGUUACAGUGUUCAUGUUUUUAUAGGAAAUAUUUUUGAGGAGUCUGAAAACACUGAUCUGGGUUGUUCAGCUGAAUCAAUUGCAUUUUCAUUUUCUUCUCUUAGAGUGACUUAAGGAUAUCAGGCUUCUUUCUAAAUAAGUGAAGGGUCGUUUAACCAGUGAUUCUUACUUUUUUGUUUUUAAAGGGAUGCAGAAAUGAUUUAGCUCCUGAACUCCCUGGAUUAAAAAAUAAAAGCAACUGUAAAGGUUGGCCCAAAUAAAAUUUCUUAGCUUGUAUUAACUAAAUAUGAGAUUCAGACACUUCAUAGUAAUGUCAUGAAGUUUUCUCAAAAAUUAAUUUAAAAGAUCAGACUUUCAUAGUGACAGUUUUAUUUUCCUUUGCUUUAAAAAAGCAGUGAUACCAAAACUGAAAAUGAGAAAUGCUACCCCUAAAGUCUAUCUGCUUUAAAAUAAGUUAAAGUUAAUUGCCACUUACCUAGACACUGUCAUUGGUUGAUGUGAGCAGUUGAAUAAAUCAGCAGCCUCCCAGGAUGAACCUUGUUGAUUCCAAAUAGUUCUCCUGGAGGGUAUGGUGGUCAGUCCAUGAAAUGAGUAAUGUGUUGCAGUUUAAGGUGGCAGCUAGCUUUAAAAUUGUGUUAGCUAGAUCUUACAGACCCUUCAGAUGUUUCUGUUACUGGCCUGAGCACAGAAGUCAUUUCCUUCCUUCCUUCUUCCUUCCUUCCUUCCUUCUUUCCUUCCUUCCUAAAGCAGGGAUUUGGGGAAAUUUGCCACUAGAUGGGCAUGACCAUAAGCUGGCCCCAGUGCUCAUGAGACUGGAUAUUUCCUCCUGGAUUAAGUCACGGUGCUGCUUUUUUACUGUUUAAAAGCACUUGAUUUUUAAGAGACUGGAAUGCUUGAGAAACAGCUUUGUGAUUGUGCAGAGAAGGGGGAAAGGAAUUUACUCUAAAACAUGCAGUGUUUGUUUUUGAAAAUUGAUAGUGGCCACAGGUAAGCCUACUGACAGGCUUCCCCAAAUACUAUGUUUACCAUUGCCAAAAAGAUGCAAUGAUAUUGUGCUGAGUGAAGAAUCAAGUUCAUAGUGAAGCCAUUUAUCAUAAGGGAAAGUUUGCCAAUCAGUGGGUUAGUUGAUGCCAUAGAACAUUGUUCUUUAUAUCAGCAGGCACGCCUAAGACCCAAGUAUAAGAAGCCUUACUCUCUUUAGUAAGUAUGUUUUACAGUCUCCACUACUCUAAUAGCUUUGAAAACAUUGUAGGUCACAGUCUGUUACUAAAUGUUAAAAAAUAGUUAAGACCAGUAGGCCACAGCACCUUAUAACUUAUGGUCUCAGUUUAGUAAUGCGAAUUUUUAUAAAAUCUGUAAGUUUAUGUAGUAAAAUUAUGGCCUACUUACUACAUGUAUACAUUGACUAAUUUCUUGUAGUAGCAUUAAAUUUCCACAGGGCAAAAAAAUUCAAAGUAGAGACUGUGACUCUUUUUAAAACCACUAUUUGCUGUAUACACUAAACACUUGCAGGAGUCCCCAAAGAGCAUGAAAUCCUGUUUCAGAAACCAUAUUCAUAUCUCUGUGUGUGUAUUUUUUUUUCUUUUUAAAUCACAGGGCAUUAGAAUAUGAUUAUGCCAAAAUUAAACCUCAGCUCUGAAUUUCUUGCUAUGGAGACUCCUUGAGUAUUGGUCGUGAAUGAUAUGUUUUAUAGCUAAUCACUGACCUAAACUGAGUAAAAACUGAGGCGGCUGCUCCUAUUUUACAAAGCUGUAACUAUAGAAAUUCAGCUUAUACUUACUAACCUCAGGCAGAUUCCGCAGAUAUUAAGUAAGCACCUGCUAGUACAUUGUGGUAGGUGCUGAGGAUUCAAAGAUCAAACAAAAAAAUUUACCCCACCCCCCAAGGAACCCACGUGGUCAGCCCAGCAAGGUUUUCUUCAAACUUUUAGGUAAUUUCUUCUUCACCAUGUACAAAGAGAUUAGCCACAUAGCUUCCAUUUAAUGGAUUUUUUUUUAAUUAGUACUACCCUGAGCCUCAAUAAAGAGCUACUUCUUUGAGUCUAAAUGACAUGUAACUAGUUGCCAAACAUGCAUCUUUAUAUGAUCAAUUUAGAUUGGAAUUUAUGGAAAAAUCUUACUGUAUUAGGAUAUGGAAGGUAGAAUUUAUUUACUAAAUGUGUGUUAGCAUAGUAUUUUGAAAUUUCAAGCAAUACACAGUAGAUGGUUCAGUAAAAUAGAUUUAUAAUUGUCAACUCUGUGUUUGGAAAUAUUAGCAUGUAGUUCGUUGUUCAAAUUGGGGAGGGGGGGGUUGGUUACAAACAGUAGGAUUUUUUUAAAAUGUUAUUUGUUCCAAAAUAGAUUAUGCAAUUGAAAGUAAAUCAUUGGGAUUCUUCAGAUUAGGUAGAAUUGGUUUAUAAUACUUGAUUCACAACAAAUAUUCAUUCCUAAAGUUCUUUUUGAUAGUUCAAAAAGUAUCCGAUUUUAGGUUGCAUCUUAUUUUUUCAGUGGUUUAUUGCUGAAUAACUGAAUUCUAUCAUGUAAACCCCAUAUGGUUUAAAAUUGCCUAUCUAAAGCAGUUAACUGAUUUUCUCAUGUGACCCCAUAAUCAACAUAAAAUAGAAAUGCGUAAAAAGAGCUUCCAAAAUCUCUGAUAACCUGAUUUAAUGUUUAUAAAUUAGGCCUUCAGGGUAAAUAAACCACAAAUGUGUUUAAUUUGAAACAAAACAUUCAGUAAUCUGGCUUUUAGAUGUAAAAAUGGAUGGGUAACCAUUUUUGUAGAAAUGGGCUUAUCUAGGAAAGGUUAUUGUAUAUUUGUGCUGCACUAAAAAUCCUUUCAAGCCACCUCCUUUUAUUACUAUUUUAAAGAGUAAAUUUAUAGGAUUUGAUGAAUUUUUUUGAGUGUGUAUUGAAGGGCUUGGCUAAAGGGAAGAACCUUGAGUUUUCAAUUAUGUACUAAGCACUUCAUUUAAAACUCCAGAAGUGAAUCAAGUGUUAUAAAUCCAAUUGUUUGGAUGUAGUGAUGGGUAGCAUCAAAAUAUAUUAGCCUUAUGAGAAACAGCCUUAAAAUAAGAGUGGGGUGUACAAAAUAACUUCAGCUUUAAGUCACGAAAACAAUAUUCUAAGAUAUUAAUGGUAUUCAAGUCUUUGAUUUGAAAAACAAAAUUUCUGUAAUAAAAAAGACCUUAAAAAUGUGUUGACAGUAUUUGUGAUACCAGCAGCCUGUUUAAAGAUAUGUUCGAAUGACUUAAAAUAAUUUGGUUUUGUUUAAUAAGUUGUUCAGAUUUGCACAGGCCUAGGUGUAACUUGAUAAUGGUACUGAUGUAUAUAUAAUGUUGAAUUAUGUUUGUAAAUGAGGAAUUAUGUAAUAAAAUCAUAGGUAUGAGGGUUUUCAUAUUGUAAUUUAAUACAGGUAUAUGAGGUUUAUGGCAAUAUCAUAGUUAAUGAAAUUUCAGGUCAAAUUGUCUUUAAAUUGUGUACAUUUUUAAAUUGUAAGAUUUCUACUGUAUAUUGAUCAUGCAUAGUGUGAUUCAAUAAAUUGCUUGUAAUUUAAAAAUUAUUUAAUAU